UGGUAGGGACUCCGUAGGCAACGUAGGGGUUAUCCGUAUCCAGGAAAGUAUCUGUUAUUACGGAAAGGAAUAAUAUUGAAUAGUAUCGUGUAAAUGCGAGCGACAACGAACAUGGAUUUAAGUUGCCGAAAUUCUAGUAUAAGUGCUGAUUAUUUGCUCGGUCAAUUGAAUACAGCUAGACAAGAGAUUAAUAAUUUGAGACAACAAGUAAAAAGUCUGAGGUAUAUACUUGAUAAAGAUGUUGAUAAUAUCAAACGUUUGUUGGAAUUACAAAAACGUGGAGGAACCCUACCACAAUCUAAACUAAUAUCUUCGGAAGAAGCAAAGCCUGGCACAAGUAAAGAUCAAGAUGUUCUUAAAUUAAAACCCAUUGGUAUCAUUUCUACCUGGUUUCCCAAUAAAAGAGCAACUCCUAGACAACCUGGUAUAUGUGGAAAAGUACCAGGAAAGUUGACACUUUACAAUUCUAUAUUUACCAAUCCAGAUCAUGCCUUACAGGGCUUGCAGGAUUUUUCCCAUAUGUGGAUUUUAUUUCACUUUCAUAGAAAUGAUUCGACACACACUCGUGCAAAAGUAGCACCACCGAGAUUGAAUGGAAUAAGAACAGGUGUUUUUUCUACACGUUCUCCACAUCGACCAUGUCCUAUUGGUCUUAGUCUGGUUAAGAUAUUAAAAAUUGAAAAUCAUACGAUUUAUUUUGAAGGAGUCGAUAUGGUUAAUCAGACUCCUGUAUUGGAUAUAAAACCAUAUAUACCACAGUACGAUAGUCCAUUACAUAUCGAAAAACUAGGCAAUAGGCUAAGAGAAAAUAACGUCAAUGCCUCAGACGUGUUUUACAAUAUGGAAGAAACUCUCAACUUGAGCGAAGGCCAAUCAGUUGACUCUUUUAAUAAUGAUACGGAUGUCAACAAUGACGAACAGACUGAGCUUGAUAUUUCCAGAGACGAGGAAAUAGCUUUGAGACUCCAAGCAGAAGAAUUUCAAGCUUAUCCCAAUCUUAAUGGCUAUGAUAUUGUGAGACAACAAUCUUCUCAAUUGACAGAAGCUCAUGCUAACACUUGGUUACAAAAUGACGUUAAUGUAGAUGUGCAUAGAGGAGCAUACUUUAUUCAAAAUAGAGCGUCUAACACAAGAUCAGACUUGGAUUCAUCUGUCGAACAUAAUGCAACUUUAAUAGCCGAAUCACAAGUAGACUCUAUUAGAGAUUUAAAUAGUAGAGUACAUAGAAUAGAUAUAAAUAAUUCCAGUAAUACAGCAGAUUCAACGCGAAUGGAAAGAGAUAACGAUAAUGAAAUUAAUUAUACUGAAAAUCAGACAUUACGUAAUUCUAGAUUAUUGGAUGGAGCAGAUGGACCAAGCACAGUGUGCGGUACCGAUAUAGAUUUAAUCAAUCGUCAUGUAUUACAUGCGAGAGUCGAUAAUUCUCCUGUGAGAAUGGGAAUACGCGAAGCACCCGAUGGAGAAGAGGGACUCGAGUCUCAAACUUUAACACCCUCACGCACUUUACCAGAUAUUCACGCUGCAACAGCUAUAUCAUCUGCAUCAAUGAAUGCAGCAACGGAGAGUAACUUUUCCGAUAUAAGAAUACCAGAUUGGAUUUCGCAACCUCGUACAACAGCAUUGUCCGUAAUUUUCAAUGAACGCGCUUUGAUGCAACUAAAUGAAAUUUUAGAUGAUAAAGUUGACGAGCAAAAACAAGCUAUAGAAAAUGUACUAAGGGAAGAUCCUAGGUCAGUGUAUUUAAGGCAAAGAUGGGGAGGUAAUCAAUUCUAUACCUUUUUAAUACAUGAUCUGCACAUUACAUGUAGAUUUGACGAUAGCAGAGGUAUCGUUACUGUAUUCCAAGUUCGACAUGCGGGUCGCACCUGUGAUUGCGGCGAGCCAGAAUGGCAAUGUUUGGGACAUUCUCCUUUAUCUUAAUAUCUUAUAUUAAUCGAUUUAAAAAAUAAAAUAUAAACAUAUUAGGAAAGAGAAAGAAAAAUUCCGUCAGUGUAUCACAAUUUAGCAUACAAAUUAGCACAAUUGUUAUUUAUUUACUUUUACA